ACAGGAAGAUGGCGGCAGAAAUCCAUUCCAGGCCUCAGUCAAGCCGCCCCAUCCUCUUGAACAAGAUCGAGGGCCAUCAGGACACAGUGAACGCCGCAGUGAUCAUCCUCAGGGAGGACGGGGUGGUCACGAUCAGCGAGGACAGAACAAUACGGGUGUGGCUAAAACGAGAUAGUGGUCAGUACUGGCCCAGUAUAUUUCACACUGUAUCAGCACCCUGUUCUGCCAUUUCCUACAAUUCUGAUAGCAAACGGAUUUUUAUUGGGCAGGAUAAUGGAGCAAUUGUGGAGUUCCUUGUGGCUGAAGAUUUUAAUAAGAUGACUUAUGUAAAGACUUACCCAGCACAUCAGAAUCGGGUUUCAGCCAUCGUGUUUUCACCAGAGACUGAAUGGAUUAUAAGCACAGGACAUGACAAGUACCUCAGUUGGAUAUGCACUAGGAGUGGUUGCCUUCAGGGCCGACAUUGCUUUAGUGCAUGGGCAUCUUGUUUACAAUAUGAUGUAGAAACGCAACACGCAUUUGUAGGUGACUAUUCCGGGCAGAUCACGUUAUUGAAGCUUGAACAGAAUACUUGCAGCAUCAUUUCAACACUGAAGGGGCACGAAGGCAGUAUAGGAGCCCUUUGGUGGGACCCUAUCCAUCGGCUGUUGUUUUCUGGAGCAUCUGAUCAUAGUGUUAUCAUGUGGGACAUCGGAGGGAGGAAAGGCAGGACUUUAUUGCUUCAGGGGCAUCAUGACAAGGUACAGGCUCUGUACUACGUGCAACUAACAAGGCAGCUGAUUUCCUGUGCAGCGGAUGGUGGGAUUGUAGUUUGGAACAUGGAUGUGCAGAGAGAGGAGGCUCCACAGUGGCAGGAAAGUGACUCUUGCCAAAACUGUAACCAGCCAUUCUUCUGGAACCUGAAGCAGAUGUGGGACACUAAGAGCUUGGGUUUGCGACAGCAUCACUGCAGAAAGUGUGGCAAGGCUAUAUGUGGAAAGUGCAGUUGUAAGCGUUCAACCUACCCUAUCAUGGGCUUUGAGUUUCAGGUACGAGUGUGUGAUGACUGCUUCACCACGAUCAAGGAUGAAGAUCGAACUUCUUUGGCAACAUUUCAUGAAGGCAAACAUAGUAUCGCUCAUAUGCACUUAGACAUUACAAGAGGACUGAUGGUGACCUGUGGAAGUGAUCGCAUUGUAAAGAUCUGGGACAUGACACCAGUUAUUGGUUGCAGCCUGGCUACUGGCUUCUCUUCCCAUUGACCUCUGAAUUCCUGAUUGUGUACCUUUAUGGAGACCAGGCAAAGUAACGGUCUGUUACCAUGGAGUCAGUGCUAUUAAAACUGAGUGGAAAUUCCAGCGAUAGAUUUCCUUUUUGCCUGAGCGACUGGAUAUUGACCAGUUUGUGUCAAAUACUGUAAAGCACAGCAACAAACCGUUUAGAAAAAAAUACUUUUUGUGACUAAAGCAAUGUAAAAUAGUACCAAUAUGACACAUAGUAGAUUUGUUCUAUAUUUAUUCCGCAUAACCUGAUUAAUAAAUGUCUGAUGAAGCAAAAGUUCUCUCUCUCUGCAAGAUAAUUUUUAGAAUGCACUAUACGAAAGUCUGAUCCUGAUCGUAAUGCAAUUUAGAUGUUAUGAAUUACAGUAAUUCUGGGUGUGUUUACAGCAAUUGUUUUUUUCAGUGUUUGUUUAAAUUGCACAGGACAAAAUAGUGCAGUUUAUGGCCAGGCACGGAUCAACAGGGGCACUUUAUGGGAGUAGAGGCAACAAUUUUUAUAGCUUUGGGAAAAUAGUUUUAGUUUACGAAGAAACUACUGUACAGUCAAUAAUUGUAACUUGCCAUUGAUGAUCUGCAUUCUACUGUGAUGCCUAAACAAUGAGUGUACUUCCUUUUUGAACUAAGCCACAGAAGCAGUGCUUAGUAAGUCGUGUAGUAAGUGCUUGAGGUGUGCUGUACAACAAGUUUUGGCUUUUUAUGACCCCUUUUGUGGACUCAGCAAAGUUAGCAGUUAUCCAUUUGUUCAUAUCAGUGAGUCUCUGUAAAGGGCAGAAGCUCAGAUAAGGAUACAUUGGUGUCACUCAGCUAUUGUUGUGGCACUUGGUUUGCCCACAGAUUUUUGGGAGCAGGAGAUGGAAGAAAGGUGGCUUUAUUAAUCUCACAGUAAUAAAUUGCUUAACAAAAAUAGCUUUGCAAUUUACAAAUCUGCCCUGUAAUGCUGCAUUGUUUGAAAAGUGUCCCGUUUAGUCCAAGUAAGGUUUGGUCUCAGCCUUCAAUUGUUUAAAUCCCUUUGGUUUCUGAGAGGUAGUAAUUUUGUCUCUAUUGUUUUUCAAGAUUGCUAUGUUUUUCUAUUGCACAAUUAUAAAAGCUGGUACAAUUUUUUUUUGUGCGUCUUAUUUCACAUUGGGGGAAAGAGAUGGAAAAUGGCUUUCUUACAAUUUAAAGUUAACUAAAAGCUCUUUCAGCGCUCAAAAGGCUCAAUAUUUGUUUGCCUUUGCUAAAUGUACAAUAAUAAUAAAUCAAUAAUCCUUGCAUUUGAUAAAUUGGCUUAUUACGCCGUUGAGACAUCUCCAAGGAGCUUCACAGAAUAUACUGUAAAGUGUAGUGACUAUUUUGUGGGCGAAAUGAGGUAGCCAAUUGCGCACAGCAAUGUCUCACAAACAGUCGUGGAUUGAGUGACAAUUAUUAUUUUUAAAUUCUCAUAGGGAAAAUGAGUUCUCGGACAUUGUUGCCCACCAUUUCUGCUUUGCAGAACAAGUUAAUACUUGAAAUCCUUUCUAACGACUUAUUUCUGACACCUAGAUUUUUUUUUAUUCCCCUCUGCUGAAGCAAUGUAUACAUUUAAUGUUGAAAAUGAUCUUGUAGGUUUAGAAAAUUGUAUUUUGGUGCAGAAGCCUUUUUAUACAACAUUAAAUGAAAAUAUAAAUGAAACUGUUUAUUGAGAGCAACACACAUAAGGUGUCUAUAACUAAAUGUUUUACAAACAGCUGUGUAUAAACCUGUUUUUCUAAGCAGCACAUUUGAAUUGUCAAUUCAUCAUAUAGAAGGAUUCAGAGUAUCACUUAAUGGCCUGUUAUUUCGCAAAGAAAUGACCAUAUAAAUGACCCUAUAUUUUAUGCUGCUGCUGGACUUUCAUGAUGGCUUUGUGUUCUGCUUUUUACUGAAUUGUAAUCAACUUACUGUCAUAAAAUAAACUAGCUUCUUGUAAAAGAA